GUGACCACCUAAUAUGUUACACUCUUGGUUAGUAUUGAUGUUAAGAUGAUCGAUUUGGUUGGACAACAAUUUUGUCAUCGUUUUAAGGAUUAGUGGAGAGAGAAGUUUUUAUUGGUUCCAAUUAAUCAAAUGUUCUAAAAAUUUUUUUUGAUUCGCUGAUCUUGGAAGGUAAAUUUGACUUGACAAUUGUAAUUAGAGCCAUUAAAUGUGUUCUCAGAUUUAACAAAAUCUUGAAAAAUGACUUUCGACAAGUUGAAUGGACAAUUUAGCAAUUUCACCAAACGGUUACGAUUUAAAUCAACAUCGAUAUGGUUUAGUCUAUCAAAUGAAUAAUCUAAUCGAAUCAAGAAGAAAUUUAAGAUAUGGAUUGUUUCCAAUUAAUUUCAACUCUUAAUUUGACGACGAACACGAAGAGUCCAAAUGUUCAUUUUCUUUCUCUUAAGGUUGUCGAUGCAAUUAAAAUUGAAACCUAUUAUGAUUUACCUUUUGAUUGGUCGGAAAAAUUAAUCAUUACAUGUUUCAUUAUAUUAGGUUUACUAUUGAUCAUCUCGACGUUACUUGAUUUGUAUCAUUUGCCUUUUGAGAAAAUCAUUGAAACUAAUUGUAAAUUAACCACUAAUUGGGAUCAUUUAAUUGCUUGGUUAGUUUAUUGUUUCUCAAUUCGUCGCAAUUUCACAAUUGUACUUCAAAAUAAAUCGUCAAAAGAUGAGAUUAGUUGUCUUAAUGGUUGGCGAACCCUUUCAAUCGUAAUCGUUAUCUUAGGCCAUGUUUGUAUGGUCGCCGCUGUUUUUAAUUCAGUUAAUAGUGAAAAUUUUGAAUCAUUUAUUGGUUCCCGAUGGUUUCAAAUAUUUUUAUUCUGUGAAAGAAAAAAUUACCAAUCGAUUGAGACAAAGAAUAAGUGAAGGAGUUUUGAAUAAUAUGUUCACCGAAGGUGAUCGAAUAUUAGAUUCAAUGAAAAGGGAAGUUGAUCAAUCACCAAGUCUAGUAAAAACUGAGAUGAACUCUAAUUGGGCAACAAUCAACGGUGAAUGGGCUAAGUUUAAAACUAUCGCUCGAACCAAUCCUGGUACUUUAAUCGGUGGACCUUCAAUUUAACCAUCGACAUCUAAUCCAAUCGAUUUUGAGACAAACUUAAAGGUUACCAAAGGGAUACAAAUCAAUUGUCAUAUUACAAUAUCAAGGUCAUUCCGGUCAUUUUGUUAGGAUACGGUUUCAAGGUCAUUUGAUGGUCAUAAUCGAUUCAAAUUUAAAAAACUAACAUGUACCUAAAUGAUAAUGAUUUCUCGACUCUCAUGCUCUUUGAUACGAGCAAAUUAAUGAAAGUUUAAUGAAAAGGAUUCUGCCUCAAAAACGCUAUAUCUCAGCAACUAAAAAUGUCCACAAGUUGUAAACUCGUUAGGAGCCUCAUGAUUGCAAGUUAGUUAUAUUGUGACCAUCAAAUGACCGGAAUGACCUUGAUAUUUUAAUAUGACAAUUGAGUAUCGCCUAAACUACCAUAACUCGAGUCUAGGGUCUGAACACUCAAAAACAAAAAAGUUAUUCAAAAAAACCUUGUUGUUGGAAACUUGGUGAAAUGCCCUGUAGUUGAACAAGCAAAGAUGACUAAUAAUCUCAACAGCUUUUUAUUGGUCAAAUCUGAGAAAGAAUUAAAUCAAACACAAAAGUUGAUCAUUGAUUUUUCUUGACUCUAAAGGUGGACAUCUCUUUUUUUGUAUCUUUCAAUAAUGUUGUUCAACUCAGCCAAUUCUAUUUUUAAUGAAUAGCAACAAGAAAUAAUGUGUCGUGAGAUCGAAAAACAUAAGUCUAUGAAAACUGUUCCAGUCCAGCGAACUUAUUAAUCCAGCGAAUUAAUUGCAAUUCUCAUGCCCAUCUCAUGGAAAUGAUAAAGAUGAUUAUCGAUUAGUUAUCAUCGGCUCAUCUAAAGUGGGUAAAACGGCGAUAAUCAAACGAUUCUUAUAUGAUUCUUUUCUGAAUGAACAUAAUCCAACAGUUGAAGAG